AUGGCUUCAAAGGCUUUAGCAUCAACCACUCUCCUCCUCUCCCUUAACCUCCUAUUCUUCACAUUUGUCAGCUCCAACUAUGUCCCAUGCCCACCACCACCGACCCACAAACCCCACUCUCCACCACCAACUCCCAAGGGCAAGUGCCCUAUAGAUACCUUAAAACUGGGUGUUUGUGCAGAUGCUUUGGGGUUGGUUAAGGUUGUUAUUGGAUCUCCACCAGUGAUGCCUUGCUGCACUCUCAUCCAGGGUAUUGUUGACCUUGAAGCUGCUCUUUGUCUUUGCACUGCAAUUAAGGCUAAUGUUUUGGGCAUCAACCUCAAUGUUCCUGUUUCAUUGAGCUUGAUCCUCAAUAACUGUGGCAAGAAGGUUCCAACUGACUUCCAGUGUGCAUAGAAUCACUACUCUAACUAUUGUGGGUUUUCUCCUUUUAGUGCGUGUCUUUUCUUUUGAAGUUCAGAAUUUCAUUAUUACUAUUGUUUUUGGUUGGUAGAGAAGACGCCUCGUCACCUCCUUUAAUUUCUUAUCCUCUACAUUCUAUUCUAUUCUUGUACCA